AUGGCGCGUUUCAUUCAUUUGGUCGUCUUCGGCCUGGUCGCCAGCCUCAACCACCCAGCCCAAGCUGCGCGACUCGGAUCGGACAUCAAGCGUGCUGAUGCACAUGUUGACUGCCCUACCUGCGACAAUGACUCUCACCAUCCUGGUCCGCAUUCUUGGGGAGACUGGAGCAUAGCCAGCAGUCCGACAAGCAAUGCCCCCGUUGUUCCAUCCAGUUCCUCUGUCUCGACUCAUGGCGGCGUCAGCUCUUCGUCAGUGACUUCGUCGGUUGAGACGCCCGCGAGUACAUCGAGCUCCAGCGCAUUCACCUCGCAGACUUCGUCGAACUCGGGCUCAACUCCCUCUGGCUCGACAACAAGUACAGGAGUUGCACCAUCUGUCACCAUGUCUUCGUCCGCUUCCUAUGUCUCUAGUACGCAGUCGAUUAGGAGCAUGACCUCCUCGAUGCUAAAUCACCCUUCGCUUAGUGGCUCUACAAACGGGACAUCCACCAGUCAGAUGGCCUCGGUCUUCCCUUCUGGAACCAUGUCUUCAUCCUCUCGAGGCUCAUUGUCUGUUGUCCCGCAGUCAAGUCAGCUCAGUACUCGGGCAACAGGGUCUGCUACAAGGGAAUCGAACCUUUCUCAGCCAGUCACACCAUCGAGCAUAGUUCCGCCCUUCUCGGCAAACAGCACAUUGAGCAUGGUUCAAUCUUUUUCACGGAACAGCAGAAUGUCUUCACAGACAUUGUCAUCACAGGGACCAACCAUGAAUAGGACCUUAUCAACUGUGAGCUCACUUUCUGCUGGCAAUGUUACUGCUGCUGGUUCUGAAGUCGUUUCUUCAUUCGCCACCACGAUCGAUCUAACUUCAACGACAUUUGUCACGGUCAUUCGCACAACCAUCAGCAUCGUGCAAGGGUCCUCAACGAUCCAGAUUGCUGGUUCCAGUGUUCCUCUUCCAGCCCCAGUGUCGUCGUCGUCGACUGUUAGAGGCUCACCGACACAGUCUCCAUCAGGCUCAAGAUCAUCUUUUGGUGAAUCGGCGCAUCCGACUUCGGCCAGGGAGAGCUCCUCUUUCAGCAUUACUUUCAAUUUGUCGCCUGUGCCUGGGUCAAGUUCCUCCAGUGGUACCUCCAUCCCUCUCCCUCUGCCGGCGUCGAGCUCAUCUCUCAGUGGGACGCUUGGCUCCCUGGCUGGAAUCACGGUGACUCCUUUCCCACCUCGACCCCUGCCCACGGUUUCACUCUUCGGCGAAAUGUCAUGUGGCUACAAUUACACAAACGAGACCGCAUCCGGCUCGUACUCUGUUGCUCCAUGGUGCUGGCCCUUGUCAAUCUCUGGGGAGUCAAGCAUGACGGAGAUUGCAGGAACAGUCGUGGUUGCCAGCACCGUCAACUGCUUAUGUCCCUUCUGUUGGCUUGCAGACCCACUAUGUUACGCCCAAAAGCCGUCAGGGUCGAGUUGUGGCGAUGGCUGGAUUUGCUCCGUGACCACUUCUGCUGGACAAUCUGGCGUUUGGCUUGCGCUCCCUACCGGCUUCUCUUAUGACACAAAUACACCGAAUCCAUGGAGUAUUACUUCUGAGCAAGGCGUGACCAGAACGAGCGGCGGCAGUAGUACCACGUCGAUGUCAUGGACUGCUACGCUUUCACACAGCACCCGGAGUAUUCAGGGUGGCUACGUUGACUUUCCGUUCUGGGCUUGGGCUUGUGUCGGCCCUUUGUGCAAACCUGGUUGUGGUGAUGUCCUCGACUGGGUAGGAUCCAUAGCUGGAUGCAUCUUUUCAAUGCUGGGAUUAAAAUGCCAUUUACCAUGCAACAAUCUGGGUUUCAAUGGAUUCCCAAUCCCCACGAUUCCCAUUCAUCCUCCGAUUCCUCCUCUGCCCUCUGCAACUUUGACCAUUCCUACGAUCCAUUGUACAGCAUCGCCGUGUACGACCAACCCAGCAGCAAAUCCAUCGAAUGAGCCAACGACGAACUCGCCAAGUUCGUCGAUUACGUCCAGUUCGUCCAGUUCAUGUUCAUCGACAGCAUUUUCUUCAUGCAUAGACAUCUGCUGGACGCUGAGCUCAAAUGGAACUGUCUCUGCCACUCAAUCGUGCACGACCGAAUGCACGACCGUUAGACAGUGCUCUGGAACAAAUACACUUACCACCACCACUCUCAACUCCUCGGCAAUAGCUCCGGCUUGCACGGCUAAUUCCUGGUGGUAUGAUCCGUCCAUAUCAGCUGAGAUUGCCUCGUGGAUUACUCAGUUUCCUCCUAUUCCCGAUAACGCCACAGUUCAGUUCAGUACAUUCAGCUUCGGGUCAAAUACCACACAGACCAUGGGCAACACCACCUCGAGCAUCUUUCCGAGCACGUCUCAUUCGGCAACAUUGACCUCCCAGAGUUUGACCAGUACCAGCUCUCAUGUCACCGCCUCCAACCCUCCUAUCACAACUCCGAGCAGCCUACGGGAUUUCACGGUAGCGGCCACGGAUGACAACGGCAAUGUGUAUAGCGAGGUAUUCUCAGGAGGAGUACUGAUAUCGUCUACAUUGGUCUCGUCACUUCCCACGUCGGGCGCAGGUGGCCCCUGGACAUUCGGCACAUCAGGGGUUUCGCUAGUGAGCAGAACAACUUCGACUCUGCCAAUCUCUGUCGGCUCCGGCGGGCAUGCAACACUCACAACGACCCUUAGAAGCUACACCGCAGUCUACGUACGGACUUGUGAGGGAGUGGCCGUUUUUGGUAGUGCAAGCUGUACAGCCCCAUGGGGUCUCCAAACCGUCACUUCUACUCCCGCUCCCAGGGACGAGCUAACCUCACACUGCGCCCACUGGACUGCGUUCACUACCACUACAAGCCCAGCGAAGGCCGGUGUGGUGAAUUGUGCUACUCCGGUCAGUUUCAAAGCGUCAAGUGCGAUUCCCAGUCCAACAGUGUGGAUCCACGGUGUUGAAUUCUCGCCGUUCCAAAUGGAUUCAGGCCCAAUCCGGCAGUUUUGCCAGACUCUAAUUGCCGACAAUAUCGUUUUUUACGAAGGAUCUGAAUUCGCAGAUGAUGCGGCGAGUCUCGGUCAGGUAUCGCCGGGAGAAUGUGAGCUCUUCCGCUCGACUGGAAACUCGAAAAUGGGCUAUAAUCUGACACUUGCUGUUGCAUACGACGAAAAUGGGUGUCCAUCGGCGUCCAGUUCCCUCAGAAAGGGGAUUUCCAUGAAGAAAUAUGGCCUGAAAGACUGCGUGGAUUCGUUUUUGAACAAGCUAGCUAGCAAAUGCGAAUUUUCGGACGGGGAUGCGAAAAAGGCAGGUCUUGAUCAAUGGACUAAAGUUGGUGGGAUGUACUGGGGAGAUUGCUUGCGAUGGACAGCCAUUGCUGCGAGGAACGACUUGGAACCUGGUGACACCGUCGAUGCAGGUUUGAUUUAA